CAGUGCAAUUUAACAAUGCCUGUGAGUCUGUGACUCUGUAAAACUCACAUAAAGCAUCACUCUUAUCACUUUGCUCCUUGGGUUCCAUUUUUCCAAAGAGAGCCACGCAACCCGUAAUCCUAUUCGGUGGAAGUGUCCAGGUGUCCAGGUUUGCUGAGUUAUACCUCCGUUGAGUGUUGUGUACUGGGUGGGUACUGGGUUUUUGGGUAAUCACUCUGAAGCGAAAAAACCCAGUUUGAGAUCUGAUCAUCUGAGGCGAAACCCAGUUGGGAUGGUGAGGCUUCAGUAUCAGACUCAUGGAAGAGGAGCACUGGCUGGGCUUUUGAUGCUGCUCUUUCCGGUGUUCCUGCCAAGUUUGUUCAGCCCAUUAGGCCAUGCCUCGCCGUCCAUGUUAUCGGAAUGGAAUGCUCCAAAACCAAGGCACUCGCGUCUGCUCAAGAGUGCUUUACAAAGUGAUCCUACAAAUGCACAGCAGUCAGCUCUCUGGAUUCCUUUGCCCAACGAAGGAUGGAGACCCUGUGUUGAAUCUACAAAAACCCCUUCAUUACCAGAAAAAUCUCAGGGAUAUAUUCAGGUAUUUCUUGAUGGAGGCUUGAACCAGCAGAGAAUGGGGAUAUGUGAUGCAGUUGCCGUUGCUAAAAUACUGAAUGCUACACUUGUUAUCCCACAUCUUGAAGUGAAUCCUGUUUGGCAAGAUUCAAGCUCAUUCAUGGAUAUAUUUGAUGUGGAUCACUUCAUCAAUGUAUUGAAGGACGAUAUUUCUAUAGUUAAGGAGCUGCCUUAUGAGUUCUCCUGGAGCACAAGGGAGUAUUAUGCUACUGCAAUCAGAGCCACCCGGAUUAAGACAGCACCAGUUCAUGCAUCAGCAAACUGGUAUCUAGAGAAUGUAUUGCCUACACUACAAAGUUAUGGAAUUGCUGCAAUUUCCCCAUUCUCUCAUCGUCUGGCUUUUGACAACUUGCCCAUGGACAUCCAACAGCUACGUUGUAAAGUUAACUUCCAAGCAUUAGUUUUUGUUCCUCAUAUUAGAGUACUUGGUGAUGCUCUUGUCAGCCGCCUCCGCAAUCCUUCUGGCAAAAGUGGAGCACUUGGCACCAACUACCUCCAGGAGAGCACAGAAGGAUCCGGGAAGUUUGUGGUGCUACACCUUCGGUUUGACAAAGAUAUGGCGGCCCAUUCAGCCUGUGAUUUUGGUGGUGGCAAAGCUGAAAAACUGGCUCUAGCCAAGUAUAGACAAGUGCUUUGGCAGGGAAGAGUCCUCAACUCCCAGUUCACUGAUGAAGAGUUGAGGAAUCAGGGGCGUUGCCCAUUGACACCAGAAGAGAUUGGAUUGCUACUUGCAGCUUUGGGCUUUGACAACAGCACUCGGCUCUAUCUUGCGUCUCACAAGGUAUAUGGUGGAGAAGCUAGGAUUUCAACUUUGCGAAAACUGUUCCCACUAAUGGAAGAUAAAAAGAGCCUAACUUCUGCACUGGAACGGGGCCAGAUUAAAGGAAAAGCUUCCUUGUUAGCUGCGGUUGAUUACUAUGUUGGCAUGCACAGCGACAUCUUUAUCUCUGCUUCUCCUGGAAAUAUGCACAAUGCAUUGGUGGGACAUCGAACUUAUGAGAACCUGAAGACUAUAAGGCCGAACAUGGCAUUGCUGGGGCAGCUUUUCCUAAAUAAAAGCAUCAGUUGGUCAGAUUUCCAGCAGGCAGUGAUAGAAGGACAUGAAAACAGACAAGGACAAAUCAGAUUAAAAAAACCAAAGCAGUCAAUUUACACAUAUCCUGCUCCUGAUUGUAUGUGCCACGCUUGAAGUAAGGCUGUCUUCUGUGUCUCACCAUUUGGUACUUCAACUAUUGUUUGUGAGUAGUUCCUCAUAAUGUAUUGAUAAAUAAGUCUCAUACCAUAUCGCCUAUUCGUAGUCCUGUUCAUGUAAUGAUAUCAUGUUAAAUAGUUUGCUGUGUUUUACAGUCAUCAAUUUCUUCCCAAUUAUUAACACUUAAAGAUAUUGUGAUUUCUCAGUCUACCAUUCCAAUUAUUAAGCACUUUAAACUCAA